GCAAUCAGACAAAUAGUAGGGGCAAUGGUCAACGGAAGACUUUUAGCUUUCUUUUUCUUUUUCCAUUUCCCACUCCUAAAGUCCUAAUAACUAACUAACUCCAUUCUCCUUCACUUCAUUUCAAUCAUGGAGACGUUAUUCAGAAAACUACGCGAAUCAGCAUCAUCGUUCAAGCGAUCCAGCACCUCAUCCAAUUCACCAGAACGAUCGCAUCACCAUCCUCAUCAUGCUCCUUUAGGUUUAUUCGACUCACUUCCGUCUGACUUACUCCUCAAAAUCAUACGACUGUUAGACCCUAAACACGCCGCUAAACUCUGCAUCGUUUGCAAAUCAUGGCGAUCUCUUGUUUCCGAUAACCAACUCUGGUCUGAUUUCCUUCAGAAUAACCAACCUCUACACUACGAUUCCAUUAUCUUCUCGGAAACCAAAUUAACCUCUGGUUAUCCUCUUCCGUUCUUUGUUACUCAGACGCCACGUGUGUUGUCGUUUAAGCAUGUUUAUGGCCAGCGGGAACGGCUUCCUCCUGCUGUUAUCAUCGACGGUGGUUCUGGCUAUUGCAAAUUUGGUUGGAGCAAAGAGGACCGUCCAUUGGGGCGAACUGCUACCUUUUUGGAAUUCGGUAAUGUGGAGACACCGAUAUAUAGUAGGCUUCGACAUUUUUUUGGGACUGUCUAUGGCAGGAUGAAGGUGAAACCAAGUUCUCAAGCAGUUGUUGUUUCUUUACCAAUAUGCCACUAUGAUGAUACUGAAUCAGCCAGAGCAUCAAGACAGCAGCUUAAAGAAGCAAUCUGUGCUGCUCUAUUUGACUUGAAUGUUCCUGCUGUUUGUGCUCUCAACCAGGCAACUUUAGCUCUGUAUGCUGCAAAACAAACUUCUGGAAUAUCUGUUAAUAUAGGCUUUCAAGUCACAUCUGUAGUUCCAAUUUUAAAUGGUAAAGUCAUGCGAAAGGUGGGUGUGGAGGUUGUGGGGUUGGGAGCACUAAAACUUACAGGAUUUCUUAGAGAGAAAAUGCAACAAAACAGCUUAAAUUUUGAAUCUUUGUACACUGUUCGCACACUGAAAGAGAAGCUAUGCUAUGUGGCCUAUGACUAUGAAGCUGAGCUAUUGAAAGAUACACAAGCAUCAUUUGAAGCUGGUGAAGGGAGGUAUACACUCUCGAAAGAGCGGUUUCAAACAGGAGAGAUUUUAUUCCAGCCACGUCUUGCUGGGGUUCGAGCAAUGAGUUUGCACCAGGCCACAGCUCUCUGUAUGGACCAUUGCUAUUCUGCAGAAUUAGCAGGCGGCAGUGAUUGGUUUAAGACCAUUGUCUUAUCAGGAGGUUCUGCAUGUUUACCAGGUUUAGCAGAAAGGUUAGAGAAGGAACUUCAUUCGUUACUUCCCCAUAUGUCGAAUGGAAUCAGAGUCAUCCCUCCUCCACAUGGCGCGGAUACUGCAUGGUUUGGUGCAAAGCUUAUUGGCAGUUUGAGCACAUUUCCUGCCUCCUGGUGUACAACAAAGAAGCAGUUCCGUCAGAAGUCUAAACUCAAACGAAUAUGGUGAUUACUUGGUUCGAAUCUUCUGUUCUUGAUGAUAUAAUUAUUUUAUAACAGCAACUCUGCUUAAUAAUUUCCAUCCUUGGCCAGCAACACGAAAGGAGUGAAUUUAUUUUUACUUGUACUUUAAGUAACAAAUACUUUACGCAUAGCUUUGCAUAUAAAAAGCCUAUAUAAACAACCAGUUAGUUUAGAACGAAAAAGAGUCAGGCUUCAUCUGUAAUUUAAGUACUGUACCAUGUUAAAAAUGUGUUAAUACAGUGUAAGAUCAAAUCCACAAGCUGAACUGUUUAAAGUAUCAGAAAUAAAUAUGACUUGGUAA